AUGAUCUCAUGUAAUAUUAUCACACUAUUGACAUUUAUCAUCGUCUACUCAACAGAAGGAAAGGAAAUCCCAUUGAAAAAAGAAGAAGUCGAUCCCAAACAACGUGCGCAACAACGACAAUCAUUCGGUACCAAUCUUGUCGAUCCAUACUAUGCAUUUAAUCCUGACUAUAUGGGCGGCAAUAUGCCCAAUGUUCAGCUUUUUCAGAAUAAUGUCAACACUGGUCAAACAAGUUCAUGCACUUGUUCAUGCGGCGACGUGUCUUAUGGGCCACCAGCAACUUGUCUUACUGCACAAACAUGUGUUGCAUACUGCUUACAAAUGUAUCCAGGACAGUGUACAGUUGUGAACACCUACGGCUGUUGUGGUACAUCGUGCCAAUAUUUUCAAGCACAAUCGCUGGAAAAUCGAUUUUGUGCAUGCAAUUGUGCUGGUCAACAAUUUGUGAAUCCAAUCGAUACAUGUGUAUCAUCUCAGUCGUGUUUAACACGAUGUUUAACUAAUUUUCCGCAAGCAUGUACGUCAACAACUACUCAAGCUUGUUGUGGACAAGAUUGUCAGUCUUACACACAAGCCGUUUCCAAUGCAUGUGCUUGUACAUGUCAGGGAAGAACUUAUUAUCCAUCACCUAAAUGUACAGGUCCUGAAGGAUGCAUAAGCACAUGUAUGACGACCUACGCAGAUUGUACGCCUGGUCGAACACAAGGUUGCUGUGGUCCAACGUGUUCAUCGUAUGUUCCAACAUGUACGUGUAACUGUGGUUCAGAUUUUACAACAACAACAGCGGUUCCUUGUCGAAGUGGUCGAACAUGUUUAGAAACGUGUCUAAGUUCAUACAGCGCAUGUACACAGGAUAACACUCAAGCUUGUUGCGGUGUCGAUUGCAUCAAUUCGUUUCCUUCAUGUUCUUGCAUGUGUGGCGGUAAUCAGUAUACAACAUUAGCUACGUCAUGUGGUUCGCCACAACAGUGUGUUCAAGCAUGUUUACAAUCCGUUGCUCAAUGCAAUGUAGGCAACACUCAAGGCUGUUGUGGAAGCGAUUGUUCAGGUUAUAUACCAACAUGUCGAUGUCAAUGUGGUUCGAGUGUUUACUAUACAACAUCAAUUUGUGGUAAUGCUGAACAUUGUACCAAUACGUGUAUUAGCCAGUUUGGCUUUGCUUGUACACCAACAAAUACCAUUGGUUGUUGUAAUGGAACUAUUUGUACACGACAAAAUCGAUUUUUAGGCGUUAGUAAAAGUCAUACGAUGCAUUCAUCCUAUCAUGUCAUAAUAUUAUUCUCAACAAUGAGUUAUGUUUUGUGUGUUUUUGUAUAG